AUGGAAGUCUCGUCAGAGAACUUCUGGCGGCAGCUGCCGAAGAUUCUGCUCUCAAUCGCGAAGUCUCGAUACGUUGCCAUCGACGUCGAGAUGACCGGCAUCAUGGACAAGGGCUCGGAAAACAGACACGACAAUCCAACCAACCAGCAGACCUAUGAAUCAGCCAAGAACAUUGCAUCCAAAUUCAACGUCUUCGAACUGGGGAUCACCUGUGUUGAAAAAUCGUCGGAUGGCACAUACAAGACCGAGACCUACAGCUUCACUGUCAGCCCCUACCUCCAUACUGAAACACGGGCUGAUGAGACAUUCGUCAAAGGCUUGGACAGGAGCCUUUCUGUAUCAUACAACACACUCAAGUUUCUUCGAUCGGAAGGCAUCCGGCUGGAAAAGACCUAUGAAGACUGCGUUCCGUACCUCAGCCGCGAAGAGGCACACUUGGCAACUCAACAGAUGGAGCGCCGACAAGAGCCUUGGGAAGCCAGAGAUCAUGGAUACAACGAGCAUGACGAAGGCCUGACUACGUUUUCCAUUUACGUCCAUAAUACGAUUGUAAAUUGGCUUUACACCGAUCCAUGGAUGCGAACUGCAGAGAUCAAAUUACUCUUACCCAACUCCGAAAGCAAGAAACGUAUGAGCGUCUACGAACAGAUCGUUCGCAGAAAGGCCCGAGAGCUUGUGCCACGAAUGAGUUGCCAUCUUUGGAAUCACGGCACGACCGUGAUCAUCUCUCAGCGGGACGAUGGACAAGAAGCCGAGCCAUGUCUGGAUGGCCUGGCGAAGCACAAGCCUUUUGUCACGAGGUUCAUGAUUACCUUCAUCCCGCGUCACCAGAACACUCGGAAGGAUAUUCAGAGGGAGAAGUUGGUGAUCGCUACUGUCACUUAUGCUGCGCAGAUCACGAUCCUGGCACAGGCUGCUCUACGGACGCCCUGGGUGUACGAUGUUCACUGCGAGCGUUGCUACCCAGAUCUUGGCAGCGGCCAGCCCGGGACUGACUCUUCCCCUCUCCAUAACGUCCGCUCACAGACCACCGAUACUCAAGGAGCUCACUCGGCUCUCCACAGCAGCGAAUCUUCAAGCAAUUCGUGGGGAGCGGCCGAUGACGAGGGCGAAGAGGACGACACCGGUACCCGGAAUACCACGGCUGGGACAUCUAGCUGGUAUGAGACGACUGGUUGGGACAAUUUAUGUCAAGAUCUCGAGGAACUGUCAACCGAAACACUCAAAAACGAAGUAGCAGAUGCCCUCAAGGAGCUGGAGGCUUUUGGUCGAAGAUCCGAGCCAAUCAUCAUUGGACACAACCAAUUCAUGGACCUUUUGUUCCUUUACAACACCUUCAUCGACAACCUCCCUGAUACUUUGGAUGAGUUUCGGGCAAAGCUACAUAACCUAUUCCCAUCCAUCAUAGACACGAAGUUGUUGGCCAUCAAGGACGACACGAUCGAGGGCGAAGACCCAUUGAUGGAUCUAUAUAACAGGUUCGAUGACAAUAGAACGCAGCCAAGCAUCCAUUGGGAUGCAGCUUAUGGUUAUGGACGUCGUGGAACAGCCCAUCAGGCUGGCUUCGAUAGUGAGUUGGUAGAACAAGCAGAACCGUAA